AUGUCCAGUUUUCAACCACUCAAUCCAAAACCUUUCAUAAAAUCAUUGAUAGGCAAGCAAGUCAUAGUAAGAUUGAAAUGGAACAAAACAGAGUAUAAAGGAAUUUUAAUGUCUACAGAUAAUUACCUAAAUUUACAACUAGAUAACACUUAUGAAAUAAUAUACGAAAAAGACGACAACAAAAGGGAAGAAUUAAUUGGUAGUAUCUUUAUCAGAUGUAAUAAUGUUUUAUUUAUAAGAGAAGGCACCAAUAAUGAUAACGAGAAGGUAAUACCGAAAGGUCCACGAUCAAGUAUACAAGAAUCAGAAGUUACUGAAACUAUCACGAAAGAUUCAAAUGGAGAUGCUAAGGAAGAAGUUGAAGUUGUUGAAGAAGUAGAAAUGAAGGAUUGA